GCUGGGAAUUUUUAGGUAGCCAUUUCUCAAAAAGUUCCAGGCCAAAAGACCAGCAGAAGGUGCAAGAUUCUUUUGACGCAUCUCGACUGGCGCUUCUCUCUCUCUGCUUUCCACCCAAUUGCAUCGCGUUUCUACGUGUGGGACGACAUAAUACUUAUUUUCUUCCAAAUUUGAAGCGCUUAGCCAGGCUUCAUUCGGCUUUUUCCCCUUCUCUUUAUCCCAUUGCUGCCAGUUGCGACGGCAGCAACAAAGCCAAACCUCGUGGCUCUAGCAACAACAUACCCAGCUGACUGUAGCGCGAAGUAACAAGAGCAAGAAGUAGAGGGGGGGAACAAGAAGACGAAAAAAAAGAAAAGAAGCACCAGGGGAAAACUCUUAUCAACAACGCGACCCCUCCAGCGAAUGCGGAGGACCACCCUGACUUACACGUCCUCCCUCCACAAGCCGGUCACGUCGCAACAGUCAUGGCUUUCAGCUUCGCGAAUCAAGGAAACGCCACGGCUGGAGGAGGAGGAGGACUGACUCAAGGCCCCGAGCUGGAGGUGAUCCAGACCGAGGUGAGAUCUGGUCACCGACACCGUCGAUGCCGCUGUCUUUUGAAAGUUCGAAGCUCACCAUGUACAUCUAUUCAGGCGCUUGGUUUCAAGUCGAUUGCAGGCGACGCAAAGCUCCGACUCACAUCCGCCUGGUCCCCGCCGCCCGCCGACACUGCCUCGCUCAUCAGCAUCGCCUCCCGCCGAGGCCUCGUCGCCGCCGCCGGACCCGACGGUAUCACCAUCACCUCGACCGACUCCGUGCGCAAGGGCUUCGAGGGCGAGAAGGAAGGCGACUCCGAUGUCCGCGCGUUCCAGCCGCAGGGCAAGCUGCCCAUGCCUAUGAGGGUGUCGCAGCUCGCCUUCAGCGCCGACGAGAACUACCUGAUCCUCUCCGCCGAGAGCGGAGGCGGUCUCGCGGUAUACGAGGUGGAAAGCCUGCUCCAGGGCGCCACGAAAGCUGCCUUUGAGCUAGCGACGAACGGCGAGACGCUGAGGGCGCUCUUCCCGAACCCCACGAUCGAGAAGGCGGAGCUGUGCGCCAUUGUGACGAAUAACGGCAACCUGCACAUGGCAAACCUGAAGGAGAGGUCAGUUAGCAACGCCCUGAAAGCACAGGUUAGCUGUAUAAGCUGGAGUACGAAGGGAAAGCAGCUGGUGGCGGGCUUGGCAGACGGAACCAUCUUCCAAAUGACCCCUGAGGGUGAAGCGAAGGGCGAGAUCCCGCGGCCACCAAACGUGUCUGAUGCUCACGUCUCUUCUUUGACCUGGCUGGAAAACCAUCUGUUCCUCGCCAUCCACACAUCAACUUCGGAGUCCCCGCCAACCUCAGUAUACCAUCUCAUUACAAGAAAGCUACCUUCCGACUUCGCUUUCCAGACAUUGAACGACCCUGUCGACCCAUUCGGCGCCGAAAAGCCGCCUCAUCACUCAAUAUUGAGGCUCAAGGAGUUUCCUCCCAACCUUUCAGAUCUCCUCAUCGUAGCGUCAACCGUCUCACCAGACAUCGGCCUACUGAGCAGAGCGAAAUCACCCCUGACUUCUGAUCACCCGGUCGAUACCUCUGGAGUCUUUACCACAACAGAACUAGCCGAUGAUUCAAAACGUGCUUCUCUGCCAAUGACAGACAGCUUCGAGAACACCAUUCCCAUCGGUGUCACGCUCGAUCUUUCAGCCAAGGACAAGGUGUACAAGCCAUUGCCCGCCGAUGAAGAGAUUGAGGAUUCUCCGGGCCCGGUGCCGGGCUUGUGGGUGCUGAACAAUGAAGGUGUCCUCAGUUCCUGGUGGAUUAUCUAUGAGGACUCCAUCAGGCAGGGCACAACAUACCCUGGCAUGGCCGUGCUUGAUACUUCCGCGCCCCCUGCUGGAGCAUCCACCUCGACACCGGCAGCAGCAGCCCCGGCGACGGCCCCGGCCUCGAACACACCAGCAUUUGGUACUCCUUCGAGCAUUUCGGCCUUUGGUUCAGCAUCUGCCUUGGGCGGAGGCCAAAAGCCAUCGCCGUUCGGUUCCAGUGGAUCCAAAAUCCCUACGUUUGGUGGUUCCUCUGCACUGGGAUCUAAGGCUUCGCCCUGGGGCACUGCGACGACGUCUUCAACCGCCACACCUGCAGCCUCUGGUUCUGCGUUUGGCAGCGGAAGCCCCUUUGGUGCUGCAUCCUCAGCAGGCCCGGCGUUCGGCCAGCCUUCAUCAGUUGGCUUUGGCCAGUCGUCGUCGCUGGGACAGAAGUCAUCUCCAUGGGCAUCAGGUGGAGCAUCUGGUGCGAACGCAUCUGCGUCACCAGCGUUUGGCCAGCCUAGUAGCUUCGGAACGUCUGAGAGCAAGAGUGUGUUCGGCGGUGGAUCGGCAGCCAAACCUGCACCUACAUCUGGGGGAUUCUCCAGCUUUGCUAGUUCUGGCGGUUUUGGUUCGCUUGGGAAUAAGGCCAAUGAGGGCGGUAGUGUUUUCUCCAGCAAACCUUCAUCCAGUCCGUUCGGCUCAGGGGGUCAACUGGGGGCGGCUUCUAAGGAUACCGCGUUCCCUCCACCGAGCUCGACUGGCCCAGCGACUAGCAAUCCCUUCAGCCAGCCGUUCAAGUUGGGAACCACUUUCGAGGCGGAUCCCUCUGCCAAGGACGAUGACGAGAAACCUUCUACCCCUGGCGGCUCUUCAUUGUUUGGCAGCAACUUCGGCUCUGCGCUUGGAAGCGCUGUAACUAAAACACCUCCCAAGGAGCAGACCAUGGAAUCCAACGAAGAGACACCAAAGCCCAAAUCAGUUUUCGCACAAUCCACGACGCCCAAAGAAACUCCAGCGCCUUCCAAGUUCGGUUUCCCACCGACUUCAACAUCAGCCCCCAAGAGCGGCUUAUUUGGAUUCCCUUCCCAACCAACAACCGGAGGUUUGUUUGGUUCCGCGAAGCCGACGGAGAAGACACCAGAGGUCAAGGCUGAGCCAAACACCCCUCUGCCCCCUGAUGCGACAAGCAAAAACUCAUAUCCUCUCGGAGAUUCCUCGUCUUCCUCGGGCACCGGCAAUGUUGCUUCAGACGGCGGUAAUAAGGCUUCCCCUCAAGUGGACAAUGCGCCUCUGCCUCCUGACUUCCUGACUACGCCAAAGGCAACGUCAACCAAGGCUACCAACGCCGCUCCGCUACCGCCGGAUUUCCUCAAGCCUUCAAAGCCGCAAGGAAGCACUACCCCGGCUGAUGAAGCUCCUCUCCCACCCGACUUCCUCACGCCCAAGCCUGGCAAGACCACGAACACCACGCCUGCAGUGAACGAUGCUCCGUUGCCGCCGGACUUCCUCACCAAGCCCAAAGAGCCUGUGUUUCCCCAGAUCCCCACUGUGCCUGAUAGUGAGCAUGACACCGAUCUUGAGGAUGAGGACGACGAUGAUGAGUCGGAAGGCAGCGGCGUCAUUGUCUCCAAGGACCAAAGCCCAUCCAUGACGGCCAUGACCCCUACGGCGGGCAUGACCCCGCAAAGCUCAUUUGGUGGUGUCAGUAGCAGUACCUACUCUAUCCCACGCACAGAGGAAGAGAGACCGCGGGCAUCAUUGUUUGGCGACCUGAGCCGUAAUGCUCCCAUGUUCCCCAGACCGUCGCAAACCAGCCCUCGCUCUCCUAGCCCUGUUCGCGGCGCUGUGCCAGGCCGUAUCCUGCGUCAGGAGUCUUCUCGUUCGGUUAGUGCCCCGGGCAUGGCAUCCCAGAUCCUUGCGGCCCAGAAAAGCCAGCCUUCGCAAAUGGGUUCAUCGAUCGUCGGAAACAAAUCCAACGACGAUAACUUCAUUGCACAGCAAAGACUCGCGCGUCAAAGGCGCCAGGCCGAGGAGACCAAGACACUGGAAGAUGAAGAGGACGACGAGAUCCAGAAGAUCCUUGUCUCAAAGAUCGAACCCACACUGAAGCUGGAUGAUUUCAUCGCCCACUCUAAUGUUGUGCCGUCAGCCAAGGAAAACAUCCCGGCUCAGGUGGAGGCAGUGUAUCGCGACAUCAACUCGAUGAUCGACACCCUUGGCCUGAAUGCUCGAUCUCUUGCCAGCUUCCUCAUGGGGCACGAUAUCGGGUUCAAGGCUGGAGGCCGACGCAAGCAAGACCUCGAGAACCCAGACGGCUGGGUUCUCUGCGAGAUUGAUGAGCUCGGAGAAGUCAUUGACAGAUCUUUGGCUCAGGAACUCGAGGAUGGUCGUGUACACGAUGUUGAAGAGAAGCUCGAGGCGUGCAACGAGCUCGCCCGCGAGAUGUCUCGUCUUCGAUCAAAGCAAGACGAUCUUAAGAAGAUCAUCAUGGUGAAGACGGAUCCCGACCAGGCCGACAUCAGCCGCACUUUGCCUCUGAGUACCGAGCAGGCAAGUCAGCAGAACGAACUGCGUCGCGAAUACACAAACUUUACCAAGCUUCUCUCCGAAGCCGAGGAGGCCUUGACAAUCCUCAAGACCAGAAUCGCCGCCGCGAGCAGUGCCUCUGGGAAGGGCAACUCCAACAUGCCCACCGUCGAGGCCGUCAUGCGCACUAUUGGCAAGAUGACCAGCAUGGUGGAGAAGCGAUCCGGCGAUAUCGACGUUCUCGAGAACCAGAUGCGCAAGCUCCGCUUCUCGUCCGUCAACAGCCGCGAGGGCUCCCCGAUGGUGACGCCCCAGAGGAACAGCCGAUCCGUCCUCUUCUCGCCCGAGCGAUCUUCUGUGAUGGCCUCGCCCGGUCCAUUGCGCAACUCGAUGGUGUCCUCCGUGGCCUCGUACGGCGGCCGCGGCGGCACAGGCACGCCUCCGCGCAAGAAGUUGAGCGGGUUCAGCGGGGAGGAGAAGUCGGAGUUGAUGGCGAAGCGGGCCAAGCGUCAGGCUGUGCUGAAUAAGCUCAAGGCUAAUGUCGAGAGGGCGGGUGUGAGCGCGUGGGCGAUGGAGGAUAUUGAAUGA